GUCAUCAUCUCUUUUUUUGCUCGAGCCGUCGUUUAUUUUUAUUAGUUUCAGUUUGACAGCGCUCGGAAGUUAACCUUGCUCUUGGUUGCGCGGUUUAAGGUUAUACACGAAUAAAGCCGGUGUUUCGCUAAUUUAUAUAAAGUUAAUACAAUUAAUUAUUUUUUACAUUCCCUACACUUUUAUCCUUAAUAAAGAUGGGUGAUCAAGGAUUUUUGAAGCAAAAGCCUGGUUUUUCCACAAUUGCGAUUCAUGUUGGUCAAGACCCCGAGAAGUGGAAAUCGGCUGCAGUUGUCCCACCUAUUGUCACAUCAACUACAUUCAAACAACCAGCACCUGCUGAACACACAGGCUUUGAAUAUGGCAGAUCUGGUAAUCCAACUAGAAAUACUCUUGAAGAAUGCUUAGCUGCACUGGAUGGUGGAAAGUAUGGCUUAACCUUUGCCUCGGGUCUUGGAGCAACAACAACUCUAAUUUCACUUUUAAAUAAAGGGGAUCAUUUGUUGUCUAGCGAUGAUAUAUAUGGUGGAACUAAUAGACUAUUUAGAAAAGUAGCUGAAAGAUUCGGUAUCGAAACUACAUUCGUUGAUUUUACAAACCUGGAACUACUAGAAAAAUCUAUUAAAAAAAAUACAAAGAUGAUUUGGAUCGAAACUCCCACGAACCCACUCCUUAAAGUGGCCGACAUUGCGGCGAUAGUGAAGAUAGCGAAGGGUCACGACGAGAACAUAAUCACAGUGGUGGACAACACGUUCCUGACGUCGUACUUGCAGCAACCGCUGCGGCACGGAGCGGAUGUCGUCAUGUACUCGCUCACCAAGUACAUGAACGGACACUCCGAUGUCAUCAUGGGAGCCGCCGUGCUCAAUAACAGCGAUAUCGAGAAGAGACUGAGGUUCCUACAGAACGCUAUGGGUAUAGUUCCUUCGCCUAUGGACUGCUACCUAGUUAACAGAAGUUUAAAAACUCUGGCCCUUAGAAUGGAGCAGCAUAAGAAGUCAUCGCUUGUUAUUGCAAAUUGGAUGCUCAAACACCAGCGGAUCACCAAAGUUAUGCAUCCAGGUUUACCCUCUCAUCCCCAACAUGACAUAGCAAAAAAGCAAAUGACUGGUCAUUCCGGUGUAUUCAGCUUCAAGCAUUCCGGAGGACUGAAAGAGUCGAAAAAGUUCCUAAGCUCCCUCAAAGUGUUCACAUUGGCCGAAAGUUUGGGAGGAUACGAGAGUCUGGCGGAACUGCCUUCUCUGAUGACACACGCUUCUGUGCCCGAAGAACAAAGAGCAGAACUGGGCAUCACGGAUUCACUGAUCAGACUAUCCGUCGGCUUAGAAGACACUGAUGAUCUGAUCGCUGACUUGGAACAAGCAUUUAAACUAGCAUUUGAAUAAUUUUAUACUAAUAAUUUGUAUAGAAUUUUAAUGAAUCACAAUUUCGAAUUCACAUUUAAUAUAUAUAUAUAUAUAUAUACAUUUUUUUUUAUAUAUACUUACCCAUAUAUAGCCUAUUCCGGUGAAUGGAGUAAAGAUAACAAAUCGUAGAUUUGAUUUGUACUUCGCAACUUCGCUGACAUUAAAAAUACCAUUUCAGAACAAACCAUACCAAACAAAUGGUAUCAUGUCAACAUUAUCAAAAGCAGUUUAUUCGUGUUUACUUCUUUUUUUAGUGGAAUACGAUCUAACUACAAGAUUUCAUAAGUAUUAAAAUCGAAAAAUUUAACCUCAUCUUGUACUUCUAUGAUUGUUAUGAAACUUCUGUCGUUAUGUACACAACAAUUUGUCGUUUAACAUAUUUAAGAUUCUGUGUGCGGGGCACACUUUAGUUUAAAGUUUAAAUUAUUAUUUUACAUCUACGAUAAUAAAGCGAAAUAAAUGACUCCUUGUCCACUUUAGUUAGUACAAUUAACCCUUAUUAAUACCAGAAUAUUUCACCAAAAUGGAUAGUAUUUAACAAUAUCAAUAAUUCCGCAUUUAUUCGACUAGAAUUAUUUUUCCGCAUAACAGCUUUUAUAAGAACAGUUUAUAAUAAAGACGAUUAAAGUAACGAAUUAUAUAUUAUUUUACAUACAAUGCUUUAAAUGGUAAAUAAUUUAUUAAAUUGGAUUUCUUACAUUCUCAAAAUUUUAAAACUAUUUACCUAUAUUUAUG